AUGCCACCCGCCUCACGUGCCGGCGUCAGGGUUCCUCGAUGGAGUCGUGCAGACACGGAACUUCUCUUAAGGAUAAAACGGGAACACGGAUCUGCAAACUGGGAAACUAUUUCCGUUUAUUUCGCAGCCUCGAAUCCCCAGCAGCACCGCAGCUGUAAUGCCAUUAAAAUCAAGUUCAAAAGCCUUAUGCAAUCAAGCUUAGCAGAGACUUCAGAUACACCGGUCUCCAGCUCACUAGCCCAAAACCCAAGAGCCACCAGCUCUGGAUCAAUUCUAUCGAACGACCAGCCCCAAGGUUUGGGUUUGUACACAUGGAACGAGAAACGUAAAUGCUACGAGGAGUUUCCCACAGCAUGUACUCAAGAUGCCCGGCUUCUUUUUCCCUUCACUGACGUCAUCUGCAUCUUUGCUGAAGAUGUGGGCGGUUUGGAUGCCGCAGGAAAUCUCCUCAUCAAGUGGGCGAGGUUUGGUCGCCCGUCCACUCUUCCCGAUCUUGUUCGACCUCAAGUCCUCGUUAUUACGGACGGGGAUAGCAGUGCAAGUAUCACGCAUUCCAUGCUGGAGUGGGACGACUUCCGUUAUCAUGUCGUUCAGACUGAGAAGGUUGACCUGACCCAAAGUUUCGCCGCGAUCAAGGUCAUUCAGCUGGCGGGUGAACACUCGUCACCAAUGGUAAGGUACCGUGGACUGAAAGAUGCAGUUUGCAAGGCGCUGGACGAAUCUCGUCGCGUCAAAGCACUCAAUACCACGUUAUUCUCUGCCGUCCACCAGGCUGCCUUAUUUCAGAAUGCAUUAAGUCACGUUGCCCAAACGAUACAAGAGCCUUUCGAUAUCAUUCACUCCACAAGAAAGGAGAAUGAAGUCCAGGCAGACUACUCUACCCAUCUUGAGCGCUUUUUCUCUCUUACGACCAAACUGAAACUGCCUUACGAUAGCAUUGCUCACUACGUAGCCUCAGCCAUCCUAGUGGAUGCUUACCCACCAAAGAUGCAUCUGUUUAACCCCCAAAUUGUGUAUCAUUCUCUCUAUCGGGCACACUGCCUUCAAGCGGCUCAGAAGAUAUUUCCGUCAGAUUCAUUUCCGGAGUACCUUUGUCAGGCCGUUGAAAAUCACCUGACAAAGGCUUUCUCUACUUACACUUCCCAACCGACUACAUCGAUUGACAUUCACCGCUCGAACCUCCAGCAAUGUAAAAAGCAUUUUGAAAACUUGAGGUCCAAUCGUACAUGUCUCACUUGCCUGCAGAGGAAGCCCGAGCACGUGUUGGCCUGUGCACAUGCCAUAUGCGACGUGUGUGUCUAUAGAUUCGCGGAAGGUAUGGUGGGUUUCGAGUAUCGAUAUGUUUUAGAUGCUUGCCCGAUUUGCUCCAGUCAAUGCGGCAUGGUUGUCGACCUAAAGGGACCAACCACCGGAGUCAGUAUUUUAUGUGUGGAUGGAGGUGGCUCACGUGGUAUCAUUCCGUUGGAAGUGCUAUCCUCGCUCCAGAAGAUGGCAGGUCCCGAUUUACCCAUCCAGGAAUUCUUCGACCUCAAGUUCGGGACCAGCGCUGUAAAAUGUUGGUUUUUUGAUGGAGUGUACGAUUCGAAAGCUUUAGAAGCAUCUCUACAGGAAACAUUUGGACCACACACACGGUUUUUUGGUCAUGCUCCGCUUCGGCCUUCAGGUUCGAAGGUGGCUGUGACAGCUAGUAAUAUCAACGAAGCAUCUGCCUUUGUCUUCUCAAACUAUAAUGGCGAGGGCCAUCGCAGGAGGUACCGUCUUAUCCGACCAUCCGACGUGGAGCAUGAGCCUCUGGUUUGGGAAGCUGCACGUGCCACUACAGCUGCACCGGUUCUCCUUCAACCAAUGCGGAUACCGUUUGUAGGAACCUUUCAAGACGGUGCAAUGGCUGGAGGGUGCAAACACAACAACCCCGUCAAUCUGGCAAUAUGGGAAAGCAGAUGUAUCUGGCCCUCCGCAAAGCUGGAUGUCGUGCUCUCUCUUGGAACCGGGACACGGGACGUCGGGUCACCCAAGGCGACUGGCGUACGCAGCAUCUGGAAGGACGGCUGGGCACCGCGAGUGAAGCGUGGAUUUGGGUCGGCAUUCGACGGCCAGUAUGCUUGGAACAUACUCUGGAACCAUUUGGAUGACCGGGCCCGGCAAGAUUACUUUCGACUGAACAUCGCAUUUCCCAGCGCGGAACCAUCUAUCGAUGAUACUGACUGCAUGGAAUAUCUAGCACACUGCGUUCAGAUCCAGCCCUCCGGUCCCGGGCAGCGGUCAGAAGUCUUUUCCGCACUACUGAUCUCUAGUUUUUUUUUCGAGCUAGACUCUCUGCACCAUUACGAAUCUGGCUUCUACCAUUGCACUGGUUUUAUCUGCUGUAAAGUCCGCAGCCAUGCUUUGAUCAAGACGUUGCUCCGAACGCAUACGGAGGAGAUGAACUUUUACGACGGCAUCCACCAUCUGGGCGUGAGGGUCUCAGCAGACGAUAUAUGCACAGCGUGCUAUAGAUAUCGUAGGCCUAUUCAAUUCCUCAAGCGGUCUCGAGAGGACCCCAUCGAGCUCUCCAUUCAAUGGGGUGAUACUUGUCGACGAAAAAUUAGUGGUAUGCCUCACACCCUUUCGUCCUUGAUCAACAAACAGAAGCUGGAUUCGGCUUUCGGCUCCGCUAAUCAUGAUGCUCCCCGUGCUCUACGCUGUCCUUCUUGCGAAUCGAGGAGCUAUACCCACAAAGGACUUACUAGAAACACCAGAAAGCGGUUGAUACCAUCACCUACUCUCGCAGUCCCGAAAAAGGCAAAACAUUAUUAA